CUUGUAAUCGAAUGCAUUUAUUAAUCAUAAAUGGAUAAUUAAAUUGUGUGGCUAAAGUAUCUGAUUCAGAUAAUUAUCCAAAUAUUCCUUCAAUAUAUAAUUCUAAAAAAAGAGGAUUCAGAUAGGAUAUAAAAAGCAAGCAAAAUAAAUUUUUUAUUAGGUUUGCAUAACAAUAAAAUAAAGAAAAAGCUAGAGAUUCUAAAAAUUGGAAAGAUCUAAACAGGUGUAUUUAUAGUAGAUUUUAAAGAGCCUAUAAAUUUAGUGAUAACCUUCAAUGUUGCUUUGGCUACAUGUGAACUAAAAUCAAGAAUAAGAAAUUAAUGAUGAAAACUAUAAAUAUAUUAUACUAAAGAUCAAUUUAUAAGAUAACACAGUAACUUUUAUAGUUCUAUUUUAUUGACAGGUUUAUUAAUGAAAUGAGACAUGCCAACUUCAUAACAACCUUAUCUUGUCUAACUAUCAGUAAAUGCAGUACAAGCGAUAAUU